AUGCCACAAGACCCAGACCUCUACGGGCAGCGGCCCGCCAAGAAGCAAAAGAAAGAGAUUCCACUAUCGAGCUCCCUCGCUUUCGCAUCGCACCUGACCUCGCUGCUCUCCGCGCCCACCUCCUCGUCCUCCUCCCCCGGCGCCAGCGCCUCUUCCGGGCGCGCGCGGCCCUCAAAGACGAAAGACGACAUUUUCUCCGUGAAGGCGAAGAAGAAGCGGAAACAUACCAGCAAGGAUGACGACGACAAGGAGGCAUCGAACGACAAGAGUGGUAGUAGUAAGAUCCGCAUCAGGGACGUGCGCGGCACCGAGGACGAGAAGCAGGACUUUGCGCGCGCCCGCCGCCGCAUGGAGGAGAAGGCCCGGCUGUACGCCGCCAUGAAGCGCGGCGACUACAUCGCCAAGAACAACGAGGCGGCGCCGCUCGUUGAUUUCGACCGCAAGUGGGCGGAGAAGAACCCGGAGGAGGGGGACGGUGGUGGUGAUGGUGAUCCUACGCAGCGGCACUCCAGCUCAGGCAACGAUAACGAGUCGUCUGACGGCGGCGGCGGCGGUGGUGGUGGUGGUGGUGCGGGAGCAGCGGGAGCAGAGAUGAUCGAAUACAAAGACGAAUACGGACGCACGCGGCAGGGCACACGAGCCGAAGUAUCGCGCCUGCAGCGGCGCGACGCACGCAUCGCCCUGGGAGCCGCGGAGCUGGAGCGCAUGGCCGCGCGCCCACACGCGGCGCCGCAAAACCUGAUCUACGGCGACGCGAUCCAGGCCGCGGCCUUCAACCCAGAAUCAACAACAUGGGACCAGAUGGCAACACUAGCAGCAAAACGCGACAAGUCGCCGACACCGCCCGCGGACACGCACUUUGACGGCGGUGCCGAGAUCCGGACCAAGGGAGUAGGGUUUUACCAGUUUUCUAGGGAUAAGGACGACCGCAAAGCCCAGAUGGAGGAGCUGGAGCGCGAGAGAGGGAACACGGAGCACGUGCGGCUGGACCGGGAGGCUGAGAGGGAAAAGCGGAAGAGGGAGAUCGAGGAGAGGAGGCGCACGAUCGGGCGGAAGAGGGCGGAGAAGAUGGCGGAUACCUUCUUGGAUGGGCUGGCGGGGGAGAUGCGGACGCCUGGGGCGACGGGGGAGAAGGAGGGGCUGGAGGAGGGUGAGAAGAAGGCUUCUUCUUCUUCGUGA